AAACAUCCAGCUUCUAGCCUAGACUCUAUAUAAAUCUAUAAAGAGAGAAGUAAAAUCCGAAUCCCUUGCGAGAUUUCUGUACGCGAGGAGCAGUUGCUUUGCCUCUGCUUUGUUCUUCCUCCGUACUGUACCUCCUCUUCUCCAUCGAGGAGAGAGGGCUGCUUCAAGAUUCUACAGCUUGCAGGCACUUUCCUCAUCCCCAAUCGCUCCCGAAAUUUCUCCUUCUCCGAGCGACCAAACCCUUGAGGGCGGCGGCGGCGCUGUCGAUCGAGCCAAGAAUCCCAAGAUUUCAUUUUUGACGAGCUAGACGUGCUCCUGGAGGGGUUUCUUGGGAACCAUAUUUUGUUCCGGAUCCGUGGAGGUCGACGAUAACCUGGGUUCCUCUUUCACCGCCUAAAAUUGUCUUGGCAAGGGUUUCUUGACUCUUCAAGGGUCGUCUUAGGCCUUGUCAAUCUUGGCCCGGACUCUGUGGGCCACGGCUGUGUUAGGGCUCUGCGGCUUGGAUGGGGUCGGCGGGGGAAGUUGUGGAGAUCAGCUCCGACGAGGAGGACGUUCCCAUGGCCAGGAAGCCGAUUGACGACUGGCUUGGGAAGUUGUUGAAUGACGAGGCUGAUGAGAUAAAUGUGGAUGAUUUCUCCGAUCUCAUGGUGAUGGGCGAGUUGUCCGCACCACCCGUGCCGCCGCAGAAGAUGGCCAAGCCUGGUGGUUGCGCUGAUGAUGAUGAUGAAGAUUGUGUGGUUCUCGAUGGUGACCCUGAUAAGGCGAUUACAGUACGAGAGGAGAAGGGGGAUGGGGGAGAUAGCAGCUCGGAUGAAUUGCAGAUAGUCGGGGGAAAAGGACCGGUAGCAUGCAGGGACUUCCCUCAUUCGCGCCAUUUAUGUUCUAACUUGCCCUUCAAUACUACUUUUCAUGCGAAGCAUUGUGGCAUGUGUCACUGUUUUGUAUGUGAUGCUCCAGCUCCAUGUAAUUCUUGGGGUCAAGGUGUCUCGCUUGAUGAUCAUUGUCAUGCAACCGAUAAGGAAUCAAGGUGGAAACUGCUAAGGCAAGCAUUCAAGUGCAAAAGUCUGCCAGCGUCUCAUCCAGAACAACGCCAGAAUGUCGUGUGCCCAACAAUGCCAUCACCCAGACAUCAGGAUAUACAGUGUCAAGUCUCGGUCGCACAAUUAGAACUACCUUUACUAUCAAAUAUUAGCGGUUCUUCUUUUGCCAAAGGAACCCCUCUUCUUAAUGUUAUGAACCAAAACCGACCAAGGCACACUUCAGUUAGAGUCUCACUGAAUGUAGAACGAACUAUAAGUACACAAAGAGGAUCCCUUGCAACAAGGGCGAGGAGAAUGACAAGCAAUAUCUGCACCUCUCAGAACGCUCAUUCACAUGGAAGCUUCAAAAGAGUAGGGACAGUCUCUCCAGGCCACACUAUCCGAAAUGCUAACCAAUUUGGUUCUACUGCUUCAACCAGUACCCGGCCCUUGAUGAACAAGGCAUUGCCACAUGUAUCCCAGCCAGUUGAAGCUAUACCAAGAACUAAUACUCCACAUGUAUCUCAGCAAGUUCAAGCUAUACAAAGAACUAAUGCUUUCGGUGGUGCUGUUCAUAAAAAUGCCCCCCAGAGAUCUCUCAGUGCACCAAUAGUACAAGGUCAGCUGGCACCUUCUUGUCAGGUUACCUCAAAUGGAGUGCAUGGUAUAGGAGCACAACUUCCACGGUGCACCUCGCUUAUGACUCAGAGAACACAGUUCCUACCGGAGCAAGUAGUGGAUGUUUCCACACAGAGCUGGCAAGACAUACUUGCUAGCGUGGCAUCCGAAAUGGGGGUAUUAGAUGAUUCUGAAUACAAUUCAAGUACUGCAGAAUCUCAGCAGCCUGUGAGGACUUCCUCCCAACCUCUGGAUGCUGGUGCAAACCAAAGGGAGGAGGGUCUUCACGCGGAGUCUGUUGCAUCAACCUUAAACCUGAUGACUUCGAAUGGGCAUGGCUUUCCUAGUCACAUGACUGGUGCUGAUAUUCAGGCAAAUACUCCUGUGCAAACAACGCAAACUUUGUACCAUCUGAAUUACGACAGCAGUCUUGGUCCACAUGAAGCUCAUCUCGAUGGUGUAAGCCCCCCUGCAGACGAGUUAUUGGCAGAAGCUGCUCAUCACAGGGAAUCUUCAGGGUUGGAUUCCACGGGUCUUAUAUUUGACUUUGAGCUCGACGAUUGGACUUAAGCAGUGCAGUCUCACGGGCUUAGCAUUUUAAGAAUCUUGUGGACAAUAAAACCGGUGAUGGACCAGCUGGUCCAUAGGUUUCCUUCCCAGGAGAGGUGAAGAUGUUCCUUGUACAGUAUCUAGGUUCUGUUGUAGAAAUAUUAUGUUCGAUGAGUUACUGUUUACCUAUCAGUCGCAUGCCUUAUGUUAGGCCUUAGAUGCUUGUUGCAGUUAUCGGCUUAUCGCUUUGUAGAAGAGUAGAAUUACAAUUCCCUAGCUGUUGAGCAUAUUUAUAUGGGCCAUAUUCUAGUGCCAAAAUUGCAUCCUUA